AUGUCCAACCCCGUCCGCACCCCCAAAUCCGGCGACGACUGGACACCCGCCGACCUCCAAGCCUACAACAUAACCAUCCGCCCCGAAUCCUCCCAAACCUUCUUCGGCCUCCCUCCCUCCUCCCUCCCUCCCACCUCCGUCGACGAAGAGGUCUUGACUUUACAAGACGCGCGCGCGGCAACAACAUCCGACAACACGCAGCUCGUCUACCACAUGCUCACCGCCUCGCAGCCCGCGCCCAGCAACGGCGCAUCGGCCGUGAUCGACUUCGCGCGCGAGCUGCUCCGCAGCCUCCGAUACGGCUCGCGCAAUAGCCCGGGUACGCUCCCGCGCUCGCGCGUGGACAUCCCGUUCUGCGUGCGCGGGGAGCGGAGGGACAUGAACACCGAUAUGUGCCUCUACGAGCACGACCUAGACGAAUUCGUUCUGCUCGUCCAAGUCGACAGGCGGUUUUCGGAGAAGGAGUCGGUUAGAUCGGGUGUGCCGGAGCUGCUCGCGCACGCUAUCGGCGCGUUCGAUUAUAACAACCAGAUGCGCUUGAAAGCCGGUCGUCCGACAUUGGACUCGAAGGUUAUGCCCGGUAUCGUCCUGCGCGGUGCCUCCCCCACCUUCUUCAAGAUCCCCGUCACCGCCGAUCUCGUGCGACACGUCCAACGCUGCGAGCGUCCGUCGCAGGAGACCGUGGUGUCCGCGCACACACCCUUGGUGCCCUUGCCCGACGAAGGCAUGGUGGCCCCCGACAACAGGCGCAUUGUAUUCCGGUGCUUCGAAGCUUUCAGGAGUUGUAUCAUGGACGACUGA